AGCAGGAUAUUUACCACACUCUACCACACUCACUGACAGCAUUUCACCUGCCUGUACCUGCUGGACUUUAAACGCUGCUAUGAAUCUGUGUGCUGUUCUGCUGUUUCUCCUCGCCAGGGUCUGUGCGGAAAGUCUGGAGGGGCCAACAGCUGGCUGCACGUUUGAGGAAGACUCCGACCCCAGCCUAUGUGAAUACAGACAGGCACAGGAAGAUGAUUUUGAUUGGCAGCUUGUACGGACCUACAGCUGGCCGCACAUGACCUCUGACCUUAUACGAGGCUCCUACAUGCUGGUGAACUCUUCUCAGUAUGGUGCAGGGCAGCGGGCUCAGCUCAUGUUACGUCCGCUGAGUGAGAACGACACACACUGUGUGCAGUUCAGUUAUUUUCUGUACAGCCGUGAUGGACACAGUCCCGGGGGCCUAAACGUGUAUGUGCGUGUAAACGGUGGCUCGCGGGGAAAUGCCGUGUGGAAUGUUUCCGGCUCUCAGGGGCGACAGUGGCAUCAGGUGGAGUUGGCCGUCAGCACCUUCUGGCCCAGCGAGUACCAGAUCGUUUUUGAAGCCACAGUCUCAUCGGAGCGUAAGGGUUACAUCGGCCUGGACGAUAUAGUGCUGUUAAACUACCCCUGCUAUAAAGUGCCUCAUUUCUCCAGACUCGGAGAUGUGGAGGUGAACGCAGGACAGAACGCCACAUUUCAGUGUGUGGCGACCGGACGUUCCACUAAGACCGACCCCUUCCUGGUGGAGAGGCGUAAUGGUGUUCUGAUGUCGCCAUACUCAGUGACGUCAUCAGUAGGCGAGCGUCGAUUGGUUGCGUGGUUUCAGGUGGGCGGAGCCCAGCGUGGAGAGCAGGAUCUCUACCGAUGCCUCACUCAGUCGACGUACGGAGCCGCAGUGUCAAACUUUGCUGAACUAAUCGUCAGGGUCCCGCCCACACCGAUAGCUCCGCCCCAGCUGCUGCGCUCUGGCCCCACCUACCUGAUCAUCCAGCUCAACACUAACUCUAUAGUGGGCGACGGGCCGGUGAUCCGCAGAGAGAUCGUGUACCGGGCCAGCCAUUCGCCCUGGUCUGAAACGCACGGAGUCAACUCACUGACGUAUAAAGUCUGGCACCUGGAGCCAGAUACCGAAUAUCGCAUCAGUGUUCUCCUCACGCGGCCCGGAGAGGGUGGGACCGGCCCGCCUGGACCCCCGCUGGUCAGCAGAACCAAGUGUGCCGAGCCCAUGCGUCCGCUCAGAGGACUGACGGCGUCGGAGAUUCAGUCCCGUCAGCUGCUGCUGCAGUGGGAGCCGGUCGGCUACAACCUGACGCGCUGCCAUACGUACUCGCUGUCGCUCUGCUACCGCUACUCCACGGCCGCGGGGGGCGGAGCCGGCGGGAAUAACGCCACGGUGAGGGAGUGUCUGUCGGUGGGGCGGAACACCUCCCGCUUCACGCUCCGGGACCUGCCUCCGUUCCACGCCGUUCACGUGCGGCUGGCGCUGGCCAAUCCUGAGGGCAAGAAAGAGAGCCGAGAUCCUAAGGGCAAGAAAGAGAGCCGAGAGGUCACCUUUCAGACCGAGGAAGACAUCCCAGGAGGCAUUGCACCUGAAUCUUUAACCUUCACCCCAUUGGACGAUAUGAUCUUUCUGAAGUGGGAGGAGCCGCUGGAGCCCAAUGGUCUGAUCACACAGUAUGAGAUCAGCUACCAGAGCAUCGAAUCGUCAGAUCCCAGCAUCAACGUUCCUGGCCCACGGCGCACCGUCUCCAAACUAAAGAACGAGACGUAUCACAUGUUCUCCGGGCUUCAUCCUGGCACCACAUACCUGGUGUCUGUUCGCGCUCGCACCGCCAAGGGCUUUGGCCAGACCGCCCUGACCGAAAUCACCACCAAUAUCUCAGCACCUGCGUUUGAUUAUGAAGACGUCCCCUCUCCACUGAGUGAAUCUGAGAGCACAAUAACAGUCCUCCUGCGUCCAGCCUUGGGGAGAGGAGCACCUGUUAGUGCCUAUCAUGUGGUUGUGGUAGAGGAGGACGGCUCCAGACAGGUGAGGCGGAGGGAGUUGGGUCACAUAGAGUGUUUCCCUGCUCCUUCCUCCCAUGGGGAGAGUCCGGGGGGAGGAGGAGGGGCAAGUGGUGCUCCGCCUCAUUACUACACCGCUGAACUCCCGCCCAGCAGCUUGCCCGUGGCUACACCAUUCACUGUAGGGGACAACCACACCUACAACGGCUAUUGGAACACACCUCUGGACCCCAGCAAGAACUAUCUCAUCUACUUCCAGGCCUCCAGUAACUUCAGAGGGGAGACCAGGAUCAACUGCAUUCGGAUUGCUCGUAAAGAGGCCUGUAAGGACCAUAAGCGAGCUCUGGAGGUGUCCCAGCAUGCCGAGGACAUGGGGCUGAUCCUGGGGGCCUGUGCCGGGGGGCUGGCUGUUCUCAUCCUCCUGCUGGGAGCCAUCGUUGUUGUUGUCAAGAAAGGAAGGGACAUCUAUUCGUAUCCUUACUACCCCAGGAAGAAGGUGAACAUUAAUAAAGCGGUGAUGACGUAUCGUCAGGAGAAGACGCGUAAGCUGGGGUCACUGGACUGCAGUACGACAGAGCACAGUACACUGCAACAGGACGAUCGCACGGCGCACACCUUCAUGGACUCACAUAACUGCACUGCUAGAAACGAGCAGCGCAGCACGGUGAAUGAGUCCAGCAGCCUGCUGGGUGGUUCUCCCAGAAGACACUGCAGGAGGAAAAGUUCUCCGUACCACACAGGCCAGCUCCACCCGGCCGUGAGAGUGGCAGACCUGCUCCAACACAUCAACCAGAUGAAGACAGGAGAGGGCUACGGCUUCAAGCAGGAGUAUGAGAGAUUUUUCGAUGGCUGGGACAUAAACGAAAAGAAGGACAAGACCAAGGGCCGACAUGACACCCUUCUGGGUCAAGACCGUCACCGUGUGAAAAUGCAUUCUCUCCUGGCCGAUCCUAACUCAGACUAUGUCAAUGCAAACUACAUCGAUAUUCGGAUAAACAGGGAAGGGUAUCAGCGCUCCAACCAUUUCAUCGCCACACAAGGGCCCAAGCAGGACAUGAUCUAUGACUUCUGGCGCAUGGUUUGGCAGGAGAACUGCUACAGCAUCGUGAUGAUCACCAAACUGGUGGAGGUGGGGAGAAUGAAGUGCUGUAAAUACUGGCCUGAUGACAGUGAGCUCUAUGGAGACAUUAAAAUCACUCUGCUGAAAACAGAAACGCUGGCAGAAUACACCGUACGCACUUUUGCCAUGGAGCGGCGGGGUUACCCAGCUAAACAUGAAGUCUGCCAGUUCCACUUUACGAACUGGCCAGAACACGAUGUCCCGUAUCAUGCCACAGGACUGCUGGCCUUCCUCCGGCGGGUCAAAGCCUCCACGCCGCCCGACGCUGGCCCAGUGGUGGUCCACUGCAGUAUGGGCGCUGGCCGAACCGGCUGUUACAUCGUAUUGGACGUGAUGCUGGAUAUGGCGGAGUGUGAGGGUGUGGUGGACAUUUAUAACUGUGUGAAGACGCUCUGCUCGCGACGUAUCAACAUGAUCCAGACUGAGGAGCAGUAUAUAUUCAUCCACGAUGCCAUACUAGAGGCCUGUCUGUGCGGAGAGACCGCCAUCCCCAUCAGCGGGUUUGCGCUCACCUUUAAGGACAUGUUGAGUGUGGAUUCUCAGACCAACACCUCCCAACUGCGUGAAGAGUUUCAGUGCGGAUGUGACUUGUUCAAGUACAUUGACUGCAUCCCAUUGCUUAGAGCCAGGAAGAGACUGUGUGCUGAGAUUGGUCCAACCUAUAUUUUCGGUUACGGCUGUACCUCCAUCGUCAUGCUCAACCAGCUCAACCAGUCCAACUCAGCCUGGCCUUGUCUGCAGUACUGGCCUGAAACAGGCAUGCAGCAGUUUGGACCUAUGACAGUCGAGCUGCUCUCCAGAUCCACUGAUGACAACGUCGUCACUCGCCUAUUCAGAGUGACCAACAUCACACGCGACCCCAGACAGAGCCACCCGUGUUGGAACGAUGAGUCUCGCUUCCCCAAAAAGCUGCAGGAAGGUCAUCUGGUAGUGCGACAUUUCCAGUUCUUGCGCUGGUCGGCUUAUCGUGAAAUCCCAGACUCUAAGAAGGCCUUUCUCAACCUGCUGGCACAAGUGCAGAAGUGGCUGAGGGAGUGCGGCGACGGUCGCACUGUAGUGCACUGCCUGAAUGGCGGCGGACGCAGUGGCACUUUCUGCGCUUGCACCAUGAUAAUGGAGAUGGUGCACCAUCACAACAUGGUGGACGUGUUCUACGCUGUCAAGACUCUCCGCAACUCCAAGCCCAACAUGGUGGAGUCUAUGGAGCAGUACAUGUUCUGCUAUGAGCUGGCUCUGGAGUACCUGGACUGCCUGGAGGUCAGAUAACACAAGAGCUCGAGACCCGAACAACACCGGCUUCAACCUCUUCACCUCGCCUACUCUGUUUCCUUCGGUUUGGGCCAGUCCAGCCCAUAUGAAUGAGCCUUUCUUUCCUCCAGUGAGAAUGCACAUCUACAUCAAGAGUGGGAAUGCAAGACUCGGCACAUUUCUCUAACCUUCAACCUCUAUUGUCCUCCGUGCACUUUCUGUUUUGACGUUUUCGACCUCCUGUGCCAGAUAUUCCUGCCAAACCCAUGAGGGAAUCGAUGAGAUUUCAACAGCUUUGAGAUUAUGACAUACGUCGUCUUUGAUCACAUGACUGGCUCUCUGCUUUAUACACCAAGCAGGAGGAAAACAUGCAGGAUUUUAACGAAACCAUGUGAUGACAUGGGUGAUAUUGUGUUUGUACAUCACGUGUAUUGUUAAACUCUGUACAUUGGGGCGAUCUACUGUGCUGAUGCACCUGAUUUUACUGGAAAGCAUUCCUUGACUGUAAGGAUGUGAUGGAGCUUUUCUUUUCAUUGAAUUACUUAAAGGUGAUGUGUAUCAUUUUUUUUACAUUAAUCUCCUUUCCCAGCUUAAUGUGCAGAGACCAUAAGUGAGCCACUGAUUCUCAUCAAAAGCGUAACACUGUGGCGCUAUCAAAACAUUGACUCAACCAAUGGUGUGAGUUUGGGGCGGGACUACGUUUUUGGCUGACCAAUGACCAGUUCAGGACUGUUGUUUGAAAAUGGUGAAUUUUUCUUGCAAAUGUUUGGUGAUGCUAGAGGUGCAAAAAUGGCACACUUCACCUUUAAAUCUGAAAGUGACACUCAAAAGUGUCAAUAUUUUGACAGUCAAAAGAAUAGACACAAAGAGGGUUUCUGGGUUUCUUUCUUGUUUUCU